AUGAAUACAUCUUUCCCUUGCAGCUGCCUUUUCUGGCUUCUUGCACUACUUCUACUUGAAAAUGCCACAGCUUUAACCCAUCUAUAUAGGCCAUUCAACAAUACCAUUUCGGCGGUUUUGAUCUUCGGAGACUCCACCGUCGACUCCGGCAACAACAACUACAUAACAAGCGUCACUAAGUGCAACUUCCCGCCUUACGGAAUUGAUUUUGAUGAGAACCACACCCCUACCGGAAGGUUUUCUGAUGGCCGUCUCGUCACCGAUUAUAUGGCUUCUUAUAUCGGAGUGAAAGAGUACGUGCCACCCUACCUGGACUCAACUCUCACCACCGAUGAGCUGAUGACCGGCGUCACUUUUGCCUCCGGCGGCUCUGGAUAUGAUCCCCUCACUCAUCAAAUAAGCAGAUCAAUAUCACUAGACACGCAGCUGGAAUAUUUUAGAGAAUACAAAAAGAAACUUGAAAGCGAAAUAGGAGAGGAGAAAACAAAAUCAAUUGUUAGCAACGCGGCAUUUCUAAUCAGCGCCGGCACAAAUGAUAUGGUCAUCAACUAUUACGCCACCCCGUUCAGGCGCCGGAGUUACACCGUCGCAGAGUAUCACCAAUACCUGUUGCAGCUCACUCAGGAGUUCAUACAGGAUUUAAUAAAGGAGGGAGCUAAGGUGAUCGGCGUUGUAGGGAUGCCACCAAUCGGGUGCUUACCGGCUGUCAUUACGUUGUUUUCCGGCACCGAUCUGAUUUCCAGCCGUCAAUGUCUGGACUCCUACUCCGCCGCUGCAAGAGACUACAAUCAUAUGCUUCAAGAGAAGUUGAAAGCUUUGGAAACCCCAUCCACAAAAAUAAUCUUCGCUGAUAUUUACAAACCUUUGGAGGACAUGAUACAAAACCCCACAAAAUAUGGUUUCGAGGAAGUAGACACAGGAUGUUGUGGGAGUGGGUAUAUCGAAGUGUCGUACUUGUGCAACCGGAAAUCCAGCGUUUGCGCCAAUGCCUCCAAAUACAUAUUCUUCGAUUCUGUACACCCAACACAGGCCACGUACUACAAUUUGUUCCAGACACUACGCCCCAUCAUUGAUCUUACUAUGAAGAAAUAUUAAUUAGUUAAGUAAUUAAAUUCAUAUCAGCUACUCGAUUAUUAUAUUUCCUAAACCCUAGCUAAAUCUAAGGGACUAAGGCUAAUAAGUUGGCUAAUUUUGGCCUUCCUAUAGUUCUUCCAUGUAUUUUUACUUGAUUUGUCAUUUGAUGUGUGUCAUCGUCUUAUGUUAAAGUCAAAAGUUUUAUGUAUUGUUAUAAUUAAUUUUAAUAAAAUUAAUAAAUUUUU